UUUUUUUUCUUCUUUUUUCUCUCUUCAUAUAUAAAGAAAGAAAAUCAUUCGUUAUUUUUUUCUUUUCUUUUCCUUUUCUUUCUUUCAUUUACUAUUUUACUUUUCAUUCAUCAUGCUCCUAUCCGCUAAUACUAUUAAUACCACAGCUACUACACCAAAUACACCAACUCAUCAACAACUUUUGGAAGGUGUUCCUUACCAUUAUACGCAUGAAUCUAGUUGUUAUAUUGAUUAUAUACGAUCUCUUGUCGAAUUGACUGUGAAUGUUAUUGAAUCGAUAUGGCCAACUCAACAACAUUCUUCUGACAAUGCAACGACGAAUUGUAACGAUACAACUAAACGUACUGGAAGAGUAGCUGAUACAAAACAUUUUAUCAAACACUUUCUCAAAGCAUCACGUACUCGCCAUUCGACAUUAUUGAUUGCCAUCUUUUAUCUUUUUCGUCUUAAACCAAAAUUGGCCACCGUAUUGACAACUGCUAUGCCAAGUGAUCGACCUUAUUAUGCCUGUGGACGACGUAUGUUUCUAUCAGCUGUUAUAUUGGCUCACAAAUAUCAAAAUGAUCGUACAUAUCGCAAUACAUCCUGGGCAGCAUUGACAGGUCUUCCAGUGGAACAAAUCACGCGUUCUGAACGUUUGUUUUUGCAAUUGAUGGAUUAUCAAUUAUAUAUCUCCAAGGAAUCUUAUGAACAAUGGACAUUACUCGUACAAAAACACUGUGGCAAGAAAAAUCCUGAUCGUCUUCCUAGCAAAUCCAUUGCCCUUCGUCCAUUUCAUUGUCCAUCCCCUGUUGUCUCUAAGGUUGACCCGUCAUAUAACCCAUCAGAUUUAUCCAUCACCGGUAUGAAACGACUCUUGGAUCAAGAAAAUGUAUCUUGUUACAACCAGAAGAAGAUGAAACAACAUACUUAUUCAUCAAAUAUCACGAGUAUCAUGAAACGAGGACAAAAGUCGGUGGAUUUGGAAAAGGCGCUUCCUCAUGAUGAUUGGAAAACAACCAGUGGACUUCAUCCUACUACUUUUAUGAAUGGAUAUCUACCCACGCCACCUGCGGAAAACAUAAUUGUUCCUGGUUUGGAAGUUCUCAAGAAAGAAUGGCCUUCUGAUUGACUCUUUCAUCAUGUCGUCACAUUAUUAUUUUUCGACUAUAAUGAUUAUUUUAACAAUGAUGAUGACAUGAUAUUAGCAAGAUUCAAGGAAAAAAUAUAUGGAUUAAUUUCUUUUAUAUUCUUCUUCUUUUUUUAUGUUCGAUUAUUCUCCUCAUUUGAUUAUAUUAUUACCAAACAGUUUUAUUAUAUAUUCCCUGUUUAAUAUUUAUAAUAAUAAUAAAAUUGAUAGCUAUACCUCAUUUUA